UCCUCACCAGUGGAGGAAGUACUUUUGGACAGCCGCAGUUUGUUUUCUUUUUCCUCCAUAAUUUAUUUUCUCAUUUAUUGUGUUUAUGUGCCAUUCUCUGAAUUUAAGAUGAACUAAAUUUAGUUUAUAUGAGGUCAGCUAAAAUUGUUUAAAUCCAUAUUUGUUAGAUUAAAAUUUGAAAAAUUGCCCAGAUAUGCAUUGGGUUCAGUGUUUUGCUGUCUGUCAAAUACAGAUUGUGUCCAAUGGCAUCCCAAUGCAUGCUCGUAUGAUCCACAGUGUGAAUGGAAAACGUUCUCCCAUACCAUAUGGAAAGAAAGGUCAGUACAUCCUUUCUGUAGGCAGAACCAACCUCAAUAAGGAGCUGCUAACAGCGGCUGAAGCAUAUCCAAACACACAACUGAACUUUAACCAUAAACUGCUUGACUGGAGUCCAGAAACAGGGAACAUGACCUUCCUUGGGCCUGAUGGUACUGAAAAGGAGAUCCAGGCAGACCUCAUAGUGGGCUGUGAUGGUGCCUUCUCUGCCACAAGGAAGCAGUUUUUACGCCGCAGUCGGUUUGAUUACAGCCAAACUUACAUCCCACAUGGAUACCUUGAGCUUACUAUACCUCCAAGAAAUGGUGAUUUUGCAAUGGAGCCUAAUUUUCUUCAUAUCUGGCCCAGGAACACAUUCAUGAUGAUAGCUCUCCCCAACAUGGACAAAACGUUCACCUGCACACUCUUCAUGCCAUUUGAGGAGUUUGAGAAGAUUACCACAGGCGAUGAGCUGAUGCACUUCUUUGAGAAAUACUUCCCAGAUUCCAUCCCACUCUUAGGAGUUGAUGCUCUAAAGAGGGACUUUUUCCAACUGCCUGCCCAGGCCAUGGUGUCCGUGAAGUGCUCUCCUUAUCAUUUGAAUGAUAAAUGUGUCUUAAUGGGGGAUGCUGCUCAUGCUGUGGUGCCAUUUUAUGGGCAGGGCAUGAACGCAGGCUUUGAGGACUGCCUUGUUUUUGAUGAGAUUAUGGAUCAGUUUAAUGAAGACUUUUCUGCUGUUCUCCUGGAGUACACACGAGUCCGUGUCGCUGCUGACCACGCCAUAGCUGAUUUGGCUAUGUACAAUUACAUAGAGAUGCGAGCACAUGUGAACUCCAAGUACUUUCUGUUCCGUAAAUAUCUAGACAACGCGCUCCAUUUUAUCAUGCCAAAAACAAUAAUCCCAUUGUACACAAUGGUUACCUUUACUCGGACACCCUAUCAUGAAGCGAUAAUCCGCUGGCAAUGGCAGAACAAGGUGAUUACUUGGGGCCUAUUGCUUUUAGGGACAAUACCUGCAGUGGGAGUGAUUUAUCUUCUUAUCAGAUACCGGUACAUUCCCAAAAAGCCCAGCUUUUCUGUGAAGCAUCUAUUGAGAAGACUUCUGACCCUCAACUGGUUCCAAAAGUAAGAUUCCCCAAAUGAAUGGGGAAGAGAUUUCAGGAUGCCCCGGUCAUUCUCCAUACUUUCAAAUCCUAUGAUAUCCGUAACCUCAUUAAAACUGGAUUACAGAAAUUCACUGGUACUAUUGAGAUUAAAACAAAAACGAAACCCAUGAUGGUGUUUUAAUAAGACUUUGAAUGGAAAAAACAAACAAACAAAAACCGUAAGAGCUGAAUUGGGUUUAAUCUUAUUGAAGAGCAGUAAUUGUCAUUAGAACAAUUGAUUAUAAAUCAGAAAACAUAUUGAGAGAAAUUAUGUUCAGACCAGAUAGGUCUCCUGACCUUGAAGAUAUAGUUGCACAUUCAUGUUUUAUCAAACAUGGGAUUAGAGUUAACUAUGGUGAAUAAGGUUAAAUUUCUUUCUUAAUAAGUAGAAAACUGGAGAGUUCAAAUUCCAGAGCACUGCCAGAUGUUAAUGCUUGCAUGGAUUGAUUUAGGAAUCACUUUUACAUACAGGAAAAAAUGUUUGCAUAGUGAAUAUGUAUUUUCAUGUUUAUAAAAUUAUCCAUUUCUGUCUGAACAAUACAUUCUGAAAUUUCCCUCAAUUCACAGUAUUGACAUUUAAUCUGUUCUUUUUAUUGUUUGGAAUACAUUUACAUUUAUACUUAUGGCAUUUGGCAGAUGCCCUUAUCCAGAGCAAUUUACAGAAUUGAUAUUUUUAUAUUUCAGAUUUAUAGUACAUUUCCUAAUGUGCCAAUAUGUUUUAUAUGUAUACUUGCUGCAUAUAACCUGUGUUGCUCUCUUGUGGUAAAAAUGUAUGACUAUCCAACAUGUUACAUCACUGCUUGAUUAUUUGUACUUGUGCAUAUUCAUUCUACCAAUAAUUUAGCCAGGAGACCUCCCUCCACCAUUUGCUUGUCUCUGACCAUAUACCUUUUGUGUUUGUGUAGCAUUUUCAUGCAUUAAAGCUGAUCCCUCAUACUGUUUACGAAGAAUGAAAGCCUGGCUAACUGUGCUCACCA